CCCGCCCGCCGCUCCCCGCUGCGCAGAGCGGCCGCGCCGGCGGGGGAUGGAGAGCCAGCGCUGCUUCGCCAACCGCUUCGAUGACUACCCGGGCAGCCCCGCGGCGGCGCCGGACAGGGAGGCGGCGGUGCCGCUGGUGACGGCCACCAUCGAGCGCAUCCUGCGGGAGCUGCCGCCCCUGGGCGGCCCCCGCGGCUGCCCGGGCGGGCUGUACGGCGGCGUGGCCGGCGUGGCCUACAUGCUGUACCACGUCGCGCAGUGCCCGCUGUUCGCGCCGUCGCGGGACUCGUACCUGCGGGCCGCCCGCCGCGUCGUGGACGCCUGCCUGCGCUACCAGGAGGGAUGCGGCGAGGCCGACGCCGACACCCGCGCCGCCUUCCUGCUGGGCGGCGCCGGGGUGUACGCGGUGGCUGCACUGGUCUACCGCGCCCUGGGGCUGCCCGAGUACGCGCGGCCGCUGGGCAAGUUCAGGGAGCUGAGCGAGGUCUGCGCCCCGCUCUCCUUCCUCGAGUGCGGCUCGGACGAGCUGUUCGUGGGCCGCGCCGGGUACCUGUGCGCCGCGCUGGUGCUGAAGCAGCGGCUGGGCAUGGAGGUGCUGACUGCAGCACAAAUUAAAUCAAUUUGCCUGGCCAUACUAGAAUCAGGAAAACAGUAUGCAGUGAAGAAGAGGAAACCAGUCCCACUGAUGUACUCCUACUAUGGAACAGAGUAUCUUGGUGCAGCACAUGGGCUUUCCUCAAUCCUGCAGAUGUUGCUGUCCUAUUAUGAGUACCUGCAGCCAGCAGAUCAGGAGCUGGUGUGGCAGAGUGUGGAUUUCCUGAUGGACCAGGAGCAGAACAGCAACUGGCCCCCUGAGCUGGGGGAGACCAUCGAGAGGGAGAAUGAGCUGGUGCACUGGUGCCAUGGAGCUCCAGGCAUUGCAUAUCUGUUUGCCAAAGCUUACCUGGUUUCCAAGAAGCCUCAAUAUCUGGACACUUGUAUCCGCUGUGGAGAGCUCACCUGGCAGAAAGGCCUUCUGAAGAAGGGCCCUGGCAUAUGCCAUGGGGUGGCUGGUAGUGCUUAUGUGUUCCUGCUGCUCUACAGGCUCACUGGGAACUCCAAAUACAUAUACAGGGCACAGAGGUUUGCAGAGUUCUUAUUUACAGAAGAAUUUAAGUCUGGUUCCCGGGCACUAGAAAGUGUAUAUAGUCUGUAUGAAGGUUUUUCAGGAACUGUGUGUUUCCUGACUGACUUGCUGCAACCCAACCAAGCCGAGUUUCCUCUCUUCAGUGUCUUUGUCUAAAGACUGAUGUUCUCCAGGGCCACAUCCUGGAGGUAGUGGGAGAGGGCACCUGCAGUUCCACUUACUUUUCAAGACAGGCUAUGUACAAAACGAGCCGGGGUGCCACUAAUGCUAGCCUUAAUGUAGCUGGGAGUCAGAUCAAAAACAACACACACUGGGGCUUGGGGGGUGGGGAAGUGUGUGGUCAAAAUAAAUGGGUCAGUGGGGAAAAAAAUUGGGGGAGCUGAUUGAAUCUUGUGUUGUAGAUAUUUAUCUAAUUAUUCAAGUGAGAGAGAAAGGGGCAUUAUCAAAAUUUUAAUUUGGUGAAAAAAAGGCAAGCUAGAAUUGCAGGGACAUGCAAAGAAUAAAUAGUGAUGCACCCAAUAGGUUUUAAAAAGAAUCCUGCAAAAACCAUUCAUGGAGCAAUUCACUAAUUGGGAACAGUAUUGUAGACAUGUCACUGCACUGCACAAAGGCAAAAUCUGGGAGUUUUUUUACCUAAACCACAUCUGCUAGUUCUAGUAAGAUGUAUUAGGAAAAUCUGUAUCUUUGAGCUCUUUGGUCCUCAUAUAAUGGCAUUUCUGUAGAUAGCUGUGUGUUCAGGCUGCAGUUUCACAGUUCAUUUCAGCAAGUGGGGUCUCGUGUGUGUGAAUGAGCACUGAGUUGGACCCUUCCUUUUAGAGCUCAGUCUGUGGCAAGGAGCUGGUCUCCUUUCUGAUGUACUGUAACUGUGUCACCUCUUGUCAGUGUUUUCCCAGUCACAUGGAAGAUGGGUGGAGCCAUGGAGAAGACUUGGAUGGAAAAGUUCUGUAGCAAAGAUACAGCAGGCAGAUGCUUUCUUCAUGGUACAGCAUUGCUAGAUAAGUAUUGUUCAGUGAUACAAAAGCUUCCUUUAAAAAUUAAUUACUUAUAGCAAGCAGCAUUUCUGAACAGUGCCCUAAGUUUUUCAGAUGAUGGAAAACCUAUUUUCCUUGAUGAAUUUUUCACUACAAACCCUGCAAAGUGAAUGCAAUCCUGGGGUGGCAUACUGAUCCUCAGAAAAAACCUGAUAACAAAACUCAAAAUUGCUUUUUUUCUUAGUUAUCAAGAUAAUGGAUAUGCCCAAAUGAUUUUUAGCUAGAAAAUAAUUUAGAUAGAAAUAAAUGGGUUGCUCAAUACUAGUUGCACUAGCACGUAUAUUUGCAAAUAUAUGCUGUUUUCUAUGUAUUAUAGAUAUGAUGACAUGGUACUUGAAAACUAAAGAAAACACUAAUAUAGAUUUCUACUAAAAAUAGAAAAUUAAUAUCUGUAUUUAAAAUUUAUUUAUUUAUUUAUUUAUUUAUUUUUAUUUAUAUGGGAAUAAUAUCUGUAAAGACAAAUCAGGAAGACCAGUAUGUCUAAAACUGAAGUUAGGGAGAAAAAGCUGCUGUACAUGCACUGCCAAACAAAGCAGUCCCUCUUCCUGCAUUCUCAGCUGGAGGAGAUUACAAUUUCUUUAUUUUUAAUGCCUAACGGAUUAAAGUUCCCAUUUCAUUUCAGUGGGCUUUGAUCAGGCUAUAAGUUGGAGCUAGGUCUUGAAAUCCUUCCACAUUUUAAUGUAAUAAUCCCUUCCUGCUCUUGCCACUGUUAUUUUAAUGAGAUGGCUUACAUUAUUAUGAGCUGCAGAUAAGGAUUUCUGUUACUCUGUCUUGCACUUGCAGCUCUAAUUAAUUACUUAAUCAUAGAAAUAACCAUAUUUCACUGGUGAAUAAAGCAAUGCAGUUCUGUAUCAGUUUGUCAAGAACUUAGAUAUCUUUUAGCGAAUGGAAAUGUUAAAUCUCAAUAUACAUUUGUUAUGUGUUUAUUAAAACACAUAAGUUAAAAGGCUAUAUGGUCUUUUAAGAAAGCCACUAAUGUCACUUGGUUACUCUAAGCAGUGAGAUGUGUGCACACAGAGGGGUGAAUUCCUUAGGGAGGGUGUACACAUGAGGCUGAAUCAAAAAGUCAGUGGAUAUGUGAGUGUGCUCUGCCCAGCGCUGUGGAAAUGCUCCUGUUGGAUCAGAGCAGAGCCAGCUGUCAGUAGUGAAGAUCCCCAAUCCAUUAGGAUUUUUUAUCUAGAAAGGCAGGCAAAACUUGGCCUAUCCACUUCUUCUAAAUGUGAUCCUUCACAAAUGCCAGGGAAUAAACACUGAGCUCAGUGUCUUUUCUAGUGCUUUCUCCUAUGUGUCUCUCUUUGUAGAAUUUCUUCCAAUUCACAUUCAGAGGAGACUGAUCUCUGUGUUGUGAUCAACAGCACACUCAACACAGAUCUCCUAUCCCCACAACCGUUCUCUGUAUAUGAAGCCACAUUUUGGAGAGACAAAACAGUUAUUUGAGUAAGAGUUAGUCCAUUCAACAAGGAGAAAACUCAUGGAACCACCCAGUUUUUGAAAUCUAGGUCCCAAACAUAUCUGCAGGUUAUGUGAGUUCAGCACUGACUCCAGCAAGGGCAGCACAUGAACAUCCAGUCUCAUGGGAUACAUCUGGUAAAAAUCUUGGAACAUAUUUGUUCAUCUCUUUCAUCAGACAUGGCAGUUUGAGCUCACUCUCAGAGAUUUGUGGCUUUUCUUACCUGACCUGGCUGGGUUAAGGUGGCUUCUAGAUGUGCUGCAGUCACAGCUUCUGAACACAGUGCAAAUACACCCCAGGGCUCUUUGGAAAAUGCGAUUAAUUUAAUGAGCAGGGAUUUUUCAUCUUUCCCCUCUUUAUUGUCUCAUCUGAUUUUUUUCUCUGUACUAGAUAUGCUGUUACAAAUGUGCCAUUGCAGUCUUUAUUUGCUGCUUUUAAGACAUUGACAGAACAGCAACCUGAGUAGAGCUGUCAGCACUUUCCAGAGUAACAAAAAGGAAGGUCUUCUGUGUACCCUUCUUCCUGCUUUGAGAAAUCAACCUUGCAACCUUUGCUAGACAUUCUCCAUGGAAUGCUGUCUCCUCCUGCUCCCAAACUGGGCCCUUAGGAACUGGAAAAUGUAUUCCUGAACAGAUUCUGCCCUGGUGCUGUGUACAAAAGACUCUGUUGUGGGAAACGUGAGAAGCCUCUUGCAGGAUGUAAAACACAGUAACUACGUCAUGUUUGCACAGUAGUUUCUUGGUUGUGUUUAGUUUCUAAAGUGUAAGCAAUAGGAAUUUAAGUGAUAUAAUAGUAUUUCUGAUUAUGCUGUUAAAGCAAAGAGGAUGCAUUAUGUGGGUAUUGGUGCUUAUUUGUGAUGUACCUGUGUUUGUGUGGUGCUAUUUGUGAGUAAAGCUGUAGAUUACACAUCAGUUUAAGGAGCUAUAUACUGUUCAUGACUUUUAGCCUGCCAUCCAUAGAUUACUGUCAGGGAAUAAUUUUGAGGGAAGCUAGAUCUGUAGUGUCCAGAUUUAUUGAUUUCAGGAUUCAUAGAACCAGAUGCUGUAAUUUUUAUCAGCAGUACAGUUCUAACAAAUAUAUAUUUAUUUUUAAUUGCUACUCACAACUUCUCAUCAUAAUCAGAUGUUUAUUUUGUGCCACUGCUUUCAAUAUCUACUUUGUUUGCAUCAUUGUUGCCUUCAAUUUCCCUGCCUUUGUUUCCCAACCUUUGAAUAACUUGAGGAGGCUGAAGAAGCAGCCCAGGUCUUCUGUUCCUGAAAAUAAGAUUGAUUGAUUUUGCUUAAGCAGGGUGUUCUACUAACUUGCAUUACAUUAUUUUAUGCUCCCAGAUGGUCUCUUCUCUCUGGCUGUGCCAUUUCCCACCUGCUAAGGAAAAAUCAUUAUCCUUUAUAACAACUGUCACUGGUGUUUUACGUCAUUAAAUAAAAGAGACUUUCUAGGGGGCGUGGCCACAUCUCCAUGCUUCAGUGUUUCGGUUCUGUUAGGACAAUCAAAACCAAGUGAAAUGGCUAAACAUUCCAAAUUUCACUUUUAAAUAGUUCUGGGAAACAUACAUAAGGGAAUACAAGUAAAGGGAUCACCUUUAUUGCUACUCUGUCAAAUUAAGUAAUGCCACUUUGAUGUUCUAAUACUGAUUAUAUAUGGACAUGGAAAGAAUAUGACAAGAAUACGGAUUGGUUUUUUAAUACUGUGGAAAAAAAUGAACCCUAGGCAUCUGCUCUAUUCAGAAACGUGGAGGGGCAAUAUGUGCAAAUGGAAACUUUGAUAAGCAAUCAAGUUUUUGUAUUCAUAGUUUUCUGCAUAUACAGUUACAGCAUCUGCCAACAUAUUGCAUGUUUUAUGCCAACAGUGACCUAUUUUAGUGUAUGCAUGCAUUUUGAGACUAUAUCCUUGUUCUUUGGAUCUCUGAGGUCUGCCAAGUAAAUCUCAGGUGCAGUAAUCUUCUACAAACCUUGAAUAUUCACUGACAUAAGUGCAUAUUCUAAUCUGUAGAAAGAUUAGCAUAUCAGGACUAAAAUUGCCCGAUUGAUUUUCAAAGAGCAAUCUUGCUCUGAAGAGCUAACACUUGCUGGCUGGCAGCACAGCCUGGACUGCUCUGAGAAGACAUUUCAGUUUAUAUAAAUAUGUCUAAGACUAAGUAGUAACAGCUGAAAGCUAAAUUGGAAAGAAAUAAGAAAAUGACCAAAAAUCCCACUUUGAGGGGAACAACAUACUUCAAAGCCAUAAGCCAAAAAUGCUCAGGGCCCACAAAACAAUACAGCAAUUUAGAGAUAUGAAUAGGCAUUUUCCAGAGGAAUAGCACAGUGUCUCAUGGCACAGGUAGUGGUACAGUAAGCACUGUGCUUGUUUCAGCUGCCUGGAACAGCACUCCAUUGCCAUUAUAGCAAAGUCAUCAAAUGUUAAAAAACAUUUGCCUGUGAAGGAGUUGCCUGUAGCUGAACCUACUGCCUACUCCUGUCUUUUAAAGGAACAGAAGUGAUGUGCGCUAUCCAUGAUGAGGCAGUUUAAAAAAAUACAAUCUGCCUUUGAAUUACUAAACUUGACUAAUUUGUACUGUCACCAUUGGUCUUACACCCCAUAUAUUGGAAAUUCUAUGUCAUGCUCUCAAAAAACAUAUUUAUAAAUAGGAAUCUGCUUGAAAAUGCAUAAGGCCAUAUUUAUUUUUAAUGCUUAGAAGGGAGUCCCUUGACUUUGUUCAUGGCAUGACUGAAAGAGAAGAUGGAAGCAUUUAGGUCAAGUACAACAAUACCAGCUAGAAUGGCAGAAAAUUAAUUAAAAACUUAUUUUGUCCAGUGGUGUAAUGAUAUUUGAAUACAAGAGAAUUUAUAGUGUACUGACAUUCAGCAACAGCAUUGUAUCACUAUGUAAAAGUUCAUAAGUCAAUUAUAUCCUGUAGGGAAUAGAAAACACAUUCUACUCCAACAUACAUUUUUACAUCAUAUAGAAGAGGAAGGCUGUCUGACCACAAAUUCAACUCUGCUUCUGUCUUCAUUACCAUGACCACACAAGAGAGAAGGAUUUCUUUUAACAGUGGUCUGGUUUUGCCACUGAAUUGGCCUCCUGCACUCAUUUUAACAGCCUGAUAGGCCACCUGCUGAUGUCUGUGGUGAACCUCUGCUUGAUUCCAGGCAUGCAAAGUAGCUCCUUCCACAUGUGUGAAACAGGGGUAAACUAUGUUGUUCCAGACCCCAGGCCUACAAACUUUCCUUUACACAUGAGUCCCAUGGAAUUAGUAAGGCUUGUUUGCAUAGUAUGAGGAAAGCACAGGUGUUUGCAUAUGCAGGGCCCUGUUUGAUAGCAAUUUAUACACAUUUUAUCUCAAUAUCUCUGCAAUAUACGUGAAUACCAAUACAAAUAAAAACUACAGGGAACUUAAAUGGCAUUAUUUAAUGUCUAGUUUGUGUUGGUGACACUUGAUUAUUCAGUAUAUUCCAGUGUGUGAUGUUCAUUCCUUGAGUACGUGCCACACCCUAGAUUGGUUUCUCAGUGUUACAGCCAUUCACAGCCAUGAUGUGGUACAGGCCUGUAGAAUCAAGGCUGAUUUGAUUCUUUAGAGAUGCACCUUAUUGUUUGAAAGCAGGACCCCUGCUUUUCUAAUAUUUUAAACACUGUGAUCUUUCAGAAUGUGUUUAUUGUAUUAGUUUUGUAUUGUAGAUUAUGAUAGAAACUAGAUUUUAUAGCUUUUUAAAAGCAGUGAUAAUACUGAGCUUCAUAGUGGCAGAACAAACUGUGUAUAUCCAUAUUAUGAAUAUUAAAGCUGUGAUUAUAUUUUGCCUUAAAUAAAAGUCCAACCUUGAACAGUA